GCGGGGCGCAGAGCUGUACGCAGGCGCAGUGUGUUCUGUGCUGUGCUGACUAUCUCCUCCGGUCCCGGUAGCAGAGCAGAGAUAUCCGGAAAUGAUUAAGAAAUUCGAUAAGAAAGACGAGGAGGCCGGUAAGAAAGGAAGUGGAUCCAAUCCAUUUCAGCAUUUGGAAAAGAGUGCUGUUCUUCAAGAGGCUCGAUUAUUCAAUGAAACUCCAAUAAAUCCAAGAAGAUGCAUUCAUAUUUUAACCAAGAUUUUGUAUCUUUUGAACCAGGGUGAACACUUUGGAACGAUGGAGGCCACUGAAGCAUUCUUUGCUAUGACCAGAUUAUUCCAGUCAAAUGAUCAAACCCUACGAAGGAUGUGUUACCUAACUAUCAAGGAGAUGGCCAAUAUCUCUGAAGAUGUCAUUAUUGUUACAAGCAGUCUGACCAAGGACAUGACCGGCAAAGAAGAUGUUUACCGUGGGCCAGCUAUCCGUGCACUUUGCCGAAUUACUGACGCCACUAUGCUGCAGGCUAUUGAGAGGUACAUGAAGCAGGCUAUUGUGGAUAAAGUUCCUAGUGUCUCCAGUUCUGCAUUGGUAUCGUCCUUGCAUAUGAUGAAAAUAAGCUAUGAUGUGGUGAAACGAUGGAUCAACGAGGCACAGGAAGCGGCUUCUAGUGACAACAUCAUGGUCCAGUAUCAUGCAUUGGGACUUCUCUACUAUUUGAGGAAGAAUGAUCGUCUGGCCGUGGCCAAAAUGAUAAAUAAGUUUACUAAAUCUGGACUGAAAUCUCCAUUUGCAUACUGCAUGUUGAUUCGAAUCGCUAGCCGGUUACUCGAGGAGUCUGAUGAGGGGCACAACAGUCCUUUGUUUGACUUCAUUGAAAGUUGCCUUCGGAACAAACAUGAAAUGGUGAUCUAUGAGGCAGCCUCAGCCAUCAUUCACUUGCCCAACUGCACUGCGAGAGAACUAGCCCCAGCAGUUUCAGUUCUGCAACUUUUCUGUAGCUCUCCCAAGCCUGCUUUGAGAUUUGCUGCAGUCCGUACUCUUAACAAGGUGGCGAUGAAGCAUCCAUCUGCAGUUACUGCAUGUAACCUGGACCUGGAAAACCUCAUUACCGAUUCCAACCGCAGUAUCGCUACCCUGGCCAUCACCACUCUGCUGAAAACUGGUAGUGAGAGCAGCGUUGACAGACUAAUGAAACAGAUUUCUACUUUUGUCUCUGAGAUCUCUGAUGAAUUCAAAGUUGUGGUUGUACAAGCAAUCAGUGCCUUAUGUCAGAAGUAUCCUCGCAAACACACUGUAAUGAUGACUUUUCUCUCCAACAUGCUUAGAGAUGAUGGAGGCUUUGAGUAUAAACGAGCCAUUGUGGACUGCAUAAUCAGCAUUGUAGAGGAAAACCCAGACAGUAAAGAAUCUGGACUAGCUCAUUUAUGUGAGUUCAUUGAGGACUGUGAACACACUGUGCUUGCCACCAAAAUAUUACAUUUCUUGGGCAAAGAAGGUCCUCGGACACCUAACCCAUCCAAAUAUAUCCGUUUCAUCUUCAACAGAGUCGUGCUGGAAAAUGAGGCUGUCAGAGCAGCUGCUGUUAGUGCAUUGGCCAAGUUUGGUGCACAGAAUGAAUGCCUCCUUCCCAGCGUUCUGGUACUUCUACAAAGGUGCAUGAUGGAGAGUGAUGACGAGGUCCGGGACAGAGCCACGUUUUACUUCAACGUACUAAAGCAGAAACAGAUCAGCCUCAGUUCGGCCUACAUUUUGAAUGGUCUUACAGUUUCUGUGCUGGGACUAGAGAAAGCCUUACAUCAGUAUACACUGGAGCCAUCUGAGAAACCAUUUGACAUGAAAUCCGUCCCACUCUCCACUUUCCCUUUCUUGGAGCAGAAAGCAGAUCUUACUCCAGUGACCACCAAGCAUCAUGUUAAAGCGGCACCUGCUCGACAAGACAUAUUUCAAGGACAAUUGGCUGCCAUUCCAGAAUUCAAAAAUCUAGGUCCACUCUUCAAGUCUUCUGAUCCUGUGCAGCUUACAGAAGCUGAAACUGAAUAUUUUGUACGUUGUAUCAAGCAUGUAUUUACAGAUCACAUUGUAUUUCAGUUUGACUGCACAAAUACACUGAAUGAUCAGCUUCUGGAGAAAGUGAUCGUUCAGGUAGAGCCAUCAGAAGGAUAUGAAGUGGUUUAUUAUGUCCCAGCCCAGAGUCUACACUAUAACCAACCUGGCAUAUGUUAUACUUUGGUUCGGCUUCCUGAGGACGAGUCUGCUGCAGUGUCCUGCACAUUCAACUGCACAAUGAAAUUUGUGGUCAGAGACUGUGAUCCCCACACUGGCGUUCCUUAUGAUGAAGGAUACAGUGAUGAAUAUGUGCUUGAAGAUCUGGAGAUAACACUCGAAGACCACAUUCAGAAGGUGCUGAAACCAAAUUUUGGAGCAGCUUGGGAUGAGGUGGGCAAUGCACAUGAGAAGGAAGAAACCUUUGCUCUCAGUAGUACAAAGACUUUGGAAGAGGCUGUAGCUAAUAUCAUUAAGUUCUUGGGAAUGCAACCAUGUGAGAGGACUGACAAGGUACCUGAGAACAAGAACUCGCACGUGCUUUAUCUAUCUGGGGUGUAUAGAGGAGGCCAUGAUGUGUUGGUGAGGGCCAAGCUUGCCCUGGCCGAUGGUGUCACCAUGCAAGUAACUGUGAGAAGCACGGAUGAGACGCCAGCUGAUGUCAUCUUGGCCACUGUAGGCUAAAGUCCUUGGAGAUGACACAUUUUCUUGACCAAAAACAUUUCAGGACUUUUAUUCAUCUCCAAAUGAUUCCCUUGCCCCUUUUUUUGCUUGCAAAUCUUACAAAUCGUAAACAACUGCUGGAAGAAAAAAAAAAGUAUGAAACUAUAGGAUGUGAAAUCCUGACGUGGUUACUCUAUUAUUCCAAUAUUCUGCUGUCACUUUGUCUAUCCCAGUGUAUCUACCAAGGUAGGGCCUGCAGAGCUUUACCAUUGUUCUUAGGAAACAGUGCUUGGACUCUUUUCUGCCUCAUGUUACCCUCAUGAGUAAACUUGUUACAUAGUUGCGAUUAUAUACAAUGGAACAUAGUAAUGACCUCUCGGAAGAUCACAGUUGUGUAAGCUUUAGGUAGUAAUCACAGCCAUUGCCUUCAGUCAUGCCAUUUGCUGUGUAACAAUAAUGUACUUCAUACUGGAAUAAUUCCAUCAUCCUCCCCAAUUUAUUAUACAAAUGUUUGACUUUUCUGAAUUAUAUUACACCUGCCUUUUUUAUAUCAACAGAAUGGAAAGCAUGAUUUUGUUCAGACAAUUUUUUUUUUUUUUUUACAAAAAAAACCUGAAUUUAGUGAGCACAAUUAGACUUAUUGCAGCUCCUUUCUGAUAUGUUCCUAUAUGUCCUUUAUGUUGGCACAGAAUUACAGUUUAAGGGUUCAUUUAUAAAGAACAAAUGUGGCAGGUGUUUUGCACAACUUUGCCUGUCACAUUUUCUGCAGCAUGUAAAGCGUUAAAAAAUAAAAGUAUGCAAUGAGAUUGGUAAAGAAUGAAAAGAAAAAUGUCAGUUUUCUGUGGAAAAUAGCUGAGCUAGGAGAGGCUGUUAUAAGUAGGGGGAGAGCGCUGGAGCGAUUGCAUGUAUAAGGGCACAAAUGUUAAGGGUGGUUUGAGUAGUAUGCGUGGAAGUGUGGAUGUUGAAGUAAAUGUUCUCUCUGUUGCAGGACGGGUAGAAUGCAGAUGGCAAUAAAAAGUAAGAGUAAGAACGGUAGGAAAAAUGUUGGCCUAUAUCGCCGCAAGUGAUUUGUAUGAUGCUGGGGAGCCUGCGCAGCAAAGCAUUCAUUUAUGAACAUUACUGGAUAUAAUUGGAGUGUAUUUUGUAUAAUAGUUAGUACCUAUUAAGGUAAACCUGUCAUUUAGCCCAUUCGGGGCAAAGUAGCAGGUUCUCUUAAUGGACACCAUCUCAGCUACGAAUAUCUUCCUUGGGCUCCCCUACCACUUUGAUAACCAGCUGGAGUCUUUCAAAAUAUCCACUUCUUCUGAGUAUGAGGGGGGGGGGGGCAUGUGACCUUCUCCCCCCACUGCAGUGCACAGCUCCAGAACAGCUAGUUGGCAGGCCUAAGGACCAUCACACAUGAUGGGCACCGGUUACUAGACACCUUCCAAUAUGCAAGCUCUGUAUUGGAAGGAAAGUUUUAGUUGCAAAAAAAGAUUGGCUAUAAAGAGUAACUAUUACUGUGUUCAGAAAAGAUGAGGGGGGGGGGGAAGAGUUCAAUAAAGUCUUAAUAAGCUUUUCUGGUGGUAGUUCUCUUUAGAACCACCUGUAUCUAAUUCAGGCAAGCAUUUGCACUAGUCUCAGUAAUAUUACUGACACAGGUGACACAUUCAGGUAGUUCUAACUAUAGAAUUUUAGCAAUGUGUCGCUAGGCAGUGACAGAUUAUUCAACAUAUACGACCAAGUUGCAGAUUGGGAAGCUGGCAGUAAUUAGGACUAGCCCUAAGUUGGUGUACAGAAGUAUGCCAG